AUGGCUCGGCGCGCGCGGAGCUGGAGGCCGAACGUCGCUCGAACCACGUGGGCUGGGGCGGGGCCGGGCGGCGCCCCGGAAGCAGACGCCUCCAGAUCCCGGAAGCGCGCGCCCGGGCGAGGGGGGAUGGCGGCGGCGAGGGGGCUGGGGCUGCGAGCGGCAGGGCUGGGGUCGCUGCUGCGGGCGGCGCGCACGGGGCCGGCCCCGGCCCGCGCCGUCCGGAGGAGCGCCCUUGGGGUCAUCUCGCGCCCAGGGUUGGUCUGGAGGCCCAGCAGGUGUGGCAGCUCUUCAGCCGGAGCAACUGCUGCAAAAACGGAAGACGACUCCUUCCUCCAGUGGUUUCUGCUUCUCAUACCUGUGACUGCCUUUGGCCUGGGGACGUGGCAGGUCCAGCGCCGGAAGUGGAAGCUACAGCUCAUCGCAGAACUAGAGUCUAGAGUUAUGGCCGAGCCCAUCCCGCUGCCCGCAGACCCGAUGGAACUGCAGAAACUGGAGUACCGGCCGGUGAAGGUCAGGGGGCACUUUGACCACUCCAAAGAGCUGUACAUGAUGCCCCGGACCAUGGUGGACCCGGCCCGGGAGGCUGGCCGGCUCUCGUCGGCGGCUGAGAGUGGUGCCUACGUGGUCACUCCCUUCCACUGCACUGCCCUGGGAGUCACCAUCCUGGUAAAUAGAGGGUUUGUGCCCAGGAAGAAAAUGAAUCCAGAUACACGGCGCAAAGGCCAGGUUGAGGGAGAAGUGGACCUAGUCGGGAUGGUGAGGCUGUCGGAGACCAGGAAGCCCUUUGUUCCCGAGAACAAUCCUGCGAGGAACCACUGGCAUUACCGGGACCUGGAGGCCAUGGCCCGGCUCACAGGCACAGAGCCCAUCUUCAUAGAUGCCGACUUCAAGAGCACAGUCCCUGGAGGACCCAUUGGAGGGCAGACCAGAGUGACCCUGAGGAACGAGCACAUGCAGUACAUCAUCACCUGGUACGGACUCUGCGCGGCCACCUCGUACCUGUGGUUUAAGAAAUUCCUAAGCCGGACUCCUGGUGUGUGACAAGGCUGGCGGAUGUAGCCCUGUCCCUGAACAGCUGAAACCAUUUCAAGAGACUCGACUUUAGGCUGAUGACGUAUUACUGGUAUAAAUAAAUCUCUACAUCGC